GUGGGGGUGGGGGUGCAGACCUCUGCGAUUUAUUUGAGGCCUCUAGCUGACAUGCGCAAGUAGUAGGGGCGGGCCACUUUACGUUCCCUCCCCACUAGUCCACACUUGGGCUUUUGCUCGGCCUCUCAAAGUCUCGCGAGUUUUGCUAGGGGAAACGGGGCUGGGUGGAGAGACGGAGCAGGGAGAUCUAGUGGGAGGCCCUUGCGCUUAGGGGGCCGUGGCUGGUUUAGCCGGUGCUGUGGUUGGUACUACGCUGUUGGGGAGGCUCUCAGGUCGACGGGAUCAGUCUUCCCAAUGGGUGACUGGGAAAAUUAGCGGGUAGAAAAGCUUAAGGGUCGGAGGCAUUUUUUUUAUUGGCUCCGCCCUCUUCCUGUUAGAGACCUGGGCGUCUGGCCCGCCGAGGGGGAAGGGCAGCUUGGCGGGGCUGUCGAAGAGUGCUUUGCGCACGCGCCAGUCCGAGUGUGUGAGUGUUUGUGUUCACGCGCAGGCGCGCGCGCUCCUGCAUUUAGGAAGGCUGGGAAGGACCGGUGUGCUAAGAGAUGAGCGGGGAAAGCAUAGUCCCCUGUCUUUGGUACCAGUCACUCCUGACUGUGCGCUGACCCUCCCCACCCAGCCAGCAGCCUUUUCCAGAGAGGCUGUGGUCCAUAGCCUCUGUUCGUUUUCACUGCAGGACCAGGCACGAAAGUUAAAACAAGAUGAAGAUUUUUUCUGAAUCUCAUAAAACAGUUUUUGUCGUGGAUCACUGCCCUUACAUGGCAGAGUCAUGCAGACAACAUGUCGAGUUUGAUAUGCUGGUGAAGAAUAGGACCCAAGGAAUCAUCCCAUUGGCCCCCAUAUCUAAAUCGUUGUGGACUUGCUCAGUAGAAUCUUCCAUGGAAUAUUGUAGAAUAAUGUAUGACAUAUUUCCUUUCAAAAAGCUGGUGAAUUUCAUUGUAAGUGACUCUGGAGCACAUGUUUUAAAUUCUUGGACUCAAGAAGACCAAAAUUUGCAGGAGCUGAUGGCAGCAUUAGCUGCUGUUGGGCCUCCUAAUCCACGGGCAGAUCCAGAAUGCUGCAGUAUUCUGCAUGGUCUCGUUGCAGCAGUGGAAACCCUCUGUAAAAUUACUGAAUACCAACAUGAGGCUCGUACUCUGCUAAUGGAGAAUGCAGAACGUGUUGGAAAUAGAGGACGAAUAAUUUGCAUUACUAAUGCAAAAAGUGAUAGUCAUGUGCGAAUGCUUGAGGAUUGUGUCCAAGAAACAAUUCAUGAGCAUAACAAACUUGCUGCAAAUUCAGAUCAUCUCAUGCAGAUUCAGAAAUGUGAGCUAGUCUUGAUCCACACCUACCCAGUUGGUGAAGACAGCCUUGUAUCUGAUCGUCCUAAGAAAGAGUUGUCCCCCGUUUUAACCAGUGAAGUUCAUAGUGUUCGUGCAGGACGGCAUCUUGCUACGAAAUUAAAUAUUCUAGUCCAGCAGCAUUUUGACUUGGCUUCAACUACUAUUACUAAUAUUCCAAUGAAGGAAGAACAACAUGCUAAUACAUCUGCCAAUUAUGAUGUGGAGCUGCUUCAUCACAAAGAUGCACAUGUAGAUUUCCUGAAAAGUGGUGAUAACCAUCUGAGUGGCAGCAGUAGAGAAGGCUCAUUUAAAGAAACAAUAACAUUAAAGUGGUGCACACCAAGGACAAAUAACAUUGAAUUACACUAUUGCACUGGCGCUUACCGAAUUUCACCUGUAGAUGUAAAUAGUAGACCUUCCUCCUGCCUUACUAAUUUUCUUCUAAAUGGCCGUUCUGUUUUAUUGGAACAACCACGAAAGUCAGGUUCCAAAGUUAUUAGUCAUAUGCUUAGUAGCCAUGGAGGAGAGAUUUUUUUGCACGUUCUUAGCAGUUCUCGAUCCAUUCUAGAAGAUCCACCUUCAAUUAGUGAAGGAUGUGGAGGAAGAGUUACCGACUACCGGAUUACAGAUUUUGGUGAAUUUAUGAGGGAAAACAGAUUAACUCCUUUUCUAGACCCCAGAUAUAAAAUCGAUGGAAGUCUUGAGAUCCCUUUGGAACGAGCGAAAGAUCAGUUAGAAAAGCACACCCGUUACUGGCCUAUGAUUAUUUCACAAACCACCAUUUUUAAUAUGCAAGCGGUAGUUCCAUUAGCCAGUGUUAUUGUGAAAGAGUCUUUGACAGAAGAAGAUGUGUUAAACUGUCAAAAAACAAUAUACAACUUAGUUGAUAUGGAAAGAAAAAACGAUCCUCUGCCUAUUUCCACAGUUGGUACAAGAGGAAAAGGCCCUAAAAGAGAUGAGCAGUACCGUAUCAUGUGGAAUGAAUUAGAAACCCUUGUCAGAGCCCAUAUCAACAAUUCCGAGAAACAUCAAAGAGUCUUGGAAUGUCUAAUGGCAUGUAGAAGCAAACCCCCAGAAGAAGAAGAACGAAAGAAACGAGGAAGAAAGAGGGAGGACAAAGAGGACAAGUCAGAGAAAGCAGUGAAAGAUUAUGAACAGGAGAAAUCCUGGCAAGAUUCUGAGAGGGCUGCUGAGUUUCUGACACAAAAUUGUCUUGCUUUAAGAAGAGGAGGGAAGAGUAUUCUCAUUCUGAUCCCAUUGAUCUUCAAACAUGAAAUUCAAGAUAAGCUUGGAGUUAAGUUCCUAACUUAUGGAACAUAAAUAUAUUUUCACAGUACAUAAACUAGUGGGAACAAAUUCUAGUCGAUUUCUUAAUCUUAGUUCUAAUUUGAAAUAGUGUUUUGUCCAUAUCUUUAGAAAAAUUAAAAUUGUGGAUUAUUUUCCAAAGAUCACAUUAUUUCUGAUCUUUUGCAUUUUACCUUCCUAAAUUCCCCCCUCCCCUUCUUUUUUACAAUUUUAGCGCCAUUUUAUAGCCAACAACAUUACUGAAUAAUGACACUAAGAUGAAGAAAAAGGAAAAGUUUUAUUUAUAUUCAUUAAGUUCUCUUACCUGAUUGUAGACUGAGGGAUAGCUUCUGAUUUGUUCCUGAUUUGUUCCUAGACUUAUGUUGUGAGAGCAGAUAUCUUAAUAAGGCUGAUUUGCAAAGUCUAGUUUAAUUACUGAGCCGUUUAGAUUUCUAAGAAUGUAAACUUGUAAAGUUUCUUUUUAAUGUGUAAGUUUUUAUUAUUUGUCCCUCUGAAAGAUUAAAAGGAAUCUUAGAACGUGGGAAAGAAGAGCUGGCUGAAGCUGAGAUUAUAAAAGAUUCACCUGAUUCCCCAGAACCUCCAAAUA